CAGUCGGUAUUUGUCAUUCAAGCGAGGGAACCCACUUUGAGCUUCAACAGAUCUUGUAGCUUCAAGGCAUCAAUAUAGCAAAUACAUAUCCGUGGUAUGAUGCUUAAGGCUACCCUACGAUUUCUACCCAAGCUUACCGCACGAUCAAUUUCAUUUUCAAGACAGGCCACACUCCGCAACAUGUCUCAGUUACUCAAGAAACCAGUCAAAAUCGCCUUGAUACAGCUGGCUAGUGGUUCGUCUUUCUGGGGACUAUCAAGAACUUCAUCCUGAUGCACCACAGGAGGCUAACAAAUCACGACAGGAGCGGACAAAUCUCAAAACCUAGUGCACGCCCGCGAAAAGGUCCGUGAAGCCGCGUCAGCUGGUGCAAAAAUCAUUGUACUCCCCGAAUGUUUCAACUCUCCCUAUGGUACCCAAUACUUCCCCAAAUAUGCGGAAACUCUCCUACCCUCUCCCCCCACCUCUGAGCAAUCGCCCUCAUUUCACGCCCUCAGUGCCAUGGCCGCGGAGACGAAGACUUACCUGGUAGGCGGUAGCAUUCCAGAAUACUCGCCCGCCACCAAAAACCAUUACAACACUUCGUUAACAUUUUCUCCAUCUGGUAAAUUAUUGGCUACCCAUCGAAAAGUUCAUCUGUUUGACAUCGAUAUACCCGGAAAGAUUACAUUCAGGGAAUCAGAAGUUCUCUCCCCAGGCAAUCAUAUUACUAUGAUUGAUCUGCCAGAAUAUGGUAAGAUAGCAGUGGCGAUUUGCUAUGACGUCCGAUUUCCAGAACUAGCUAUGAUUGCGGCCCGAAAGGGAUGUUUUGCCUUGAUUUAUCCUGGCGCGUUCAACACUACAACAGGUCCUCUUCAUUGGAGAUUACAAGGACAAGCAAGAGCUAUGGACAAUCAAAUUUAUGUUGCCUUGUGCAGCCCCGCUAGAGAUGAAACUGCCAGCUAUCAUGCCUGGGGACAUAGCUUGGUCGUCGAUCCGAUGGCACAAGUGCUUGUUGAGGCUGCUGAGCAAGAAGAAAUCGUUUAUGCUGAGCUGAACGGAGAGAAAAUUGAAGAGACGAGAAAAGGAAUCCCAAUUCAGACCCAGAGAAGGUUUGAUAUAUACAAAGAUGUUAGUGAAGACUUUAAGAACGGGGAUGAAGAGUGAUAGGCCUUGGAUAAGGGCGUCAAUAUAUGUCACACUCGUUGGACACAACACGCACGAAACUUACAAUCGCAACUGUCAUUACGAUGAAAAAUAUGAUUUUAGUUGUUGGUUUUUUCGUCACUUGUAUUUCCACUACAAGCAACACGUACAAAUGACCCGGCAUUUCCAUUUUGUAUACCGUAAUGUGCAGCGUCCAAAAAUGUCACACGUCAUAAGCUAGCAAUUCGAUA